GGUCUUUCCUCAUCAACAACAUGAGUAUGGACGACAGGAAGAAGGCAGCAGCAGCAUCCGACACGAAGAAAGUCUUUGGGCAUAGUCCAGACCAACAUAUCCUGAACGUAGUCAAGGAGUCCUGCCAGGACGCCUUCAACCUUCCAUCCUUCACAACUACUCUCCAGACAAUCAAGUCGUAUUUCUAUGAUCGUAAUUACGACGCCGUCUUCCAGAACCCGGCCCACCUUCCGGUUUACAGUGCUCGAUAUGCCCCAAGCCGUGCAUUAUGCUACUACCACAUGUUUCUGGAUCAUCCUGUUCUGAUGAGGACACUGGAGGGUGGGCCAUCAACCAUUCUAUGCAUCGGAUCAGGGGCAGGAAGCGAGCUGGUCGGAAUUUCAGCUGCCAUGGUUCACGCCAACCCAGUCCCAAAGAUAAAGAAGAAGAAGAAAUCCACCACAGCGAUCUCGGAGGAGAAAAAGGCCAAGGGAAAGGAUAGCUCUGAGGCUGACUCAGAAGUGGCACUCAAGGAAGAAGCGAGUGUAGAAACAUCUGACGAUACUGCAACAUUUGGCCUCAAUAAUCUCGCAUUAUCCACCACUUCUGAUACGGCAAUAGCGGAUUCAACAACAGCAGAGGAAGCGACCGCCACCUGUUCAAAGGCUACAAAGGCUAAAAAGUCAAAAACAAACAAGCACCAGGUCACAAUUGUCAUGCAAGAUUAUGUUGACUGGUCAUCGAUUCUCGACCCCAUGGAGACCGUGGUCCGUGCAAGGAUGCAGCUGGGACCAGAGCGACUUCAAUGCGAAACCGAGGUCGGAAACGUACUGGAUCUCUCGGAUGGAUUAUUGGAACGAGUAGCCAAGGCAAAUUUGAUCACAUUCAUGUUUGUGUUGAAUGAGUUGUUCCAGGACAAGAAAAAAACCAUGUUGUUAGUUGCUAAGAUGGUCGCAGCGAUGCCUACGGGAGCCCAUAUGCUGGUCGUGGAUAGCGCGGGAUCGUUUUCGAAUCUCAGAGUCGGAGAGAGGACCUACAUGGUAUAUAUGCUCCUCGACCAUCUUAAAGAUCUAGAGACCGUCUACCAGGACGACGCCACAUGGUAUCGGUGUCCACCCAGCGUUACUUAUCCACUCAAGCUAGAGAAUAUGCGACACUUUGUCCGUAUUUAUAGGAAGCUGUAGAAUCCUUUGUUCACUCUAUCCAAUAAUAAUAACAAUA